CUACGACUUCGCGGAUCUAGGAAAAAUGAAGUCGUUCGUAUUUGCCGCGUGCGUUUUCUAUUUUUCUAGCAGAGUCGGUGCCGAUACGUGUCGCACGAUGACCGAUAUAUUCCUUCGCGACGAAGAAGUCGAAGACCUGACGAAGGAAGAAUGUAGAAGAACGCGAACGGAAUUUAACAAGGAGAUGAAGGACGUGAAGUGCAUGCCACGACAAAGUUUACAGAGGAUAACAUCCACGUCUGGACACAUCUACUUCCCGGCCAUGAUUUCUCUGAACAAGUGCGACGGUUUCUGCGGAAAUAAUUUGCUCUGCUUGCCCAUAGCGACCAAGAGGAAACGAGUCCUCGUUAAAAGGACCAUCGAUCUUACGUCGACCACCAUGUCUUGUCAUUAUAUCUACGUCCAGGAACACACGGAAUGCAGGUGUCGAUGCAGCGUGAUGAAAGAAGAUUGCAACGAGAACCAGGUGUACGACGAGUACAACUGCGAGUGCAAAUGCAUCAAUAUGGAGGAACGAGCCAUUUGCAACAGGUUGAAAAAUAUGGUGUGGGACGCCGAGAAGUGCAAGUGCACUUGUCUGAUGCCCGAGGAGGUGUGUUCCACCGGAUGGGCAUGGAUUCCUUCGAUGUGCAGGUGCGCCAAAAUCAUGAUGGCGUCCGAUGACUGAUGGUGCUGCUCGAUUAUCCGACAUUUCCAUUAUGUACAACAAAAAUUUGCGCGUCUUAAUUAUUGUAACAUUGUAAUCGAUGGCGG